UACUCUAUAGAUUAUUUUUAAAUACAAUUAAUGAACUUUUAUUCCAUGUCGAGUACAAGGGAAGAAAAUACCAUGAGGCAAUUAAAUUCAAUAGGAUAUUUUUAUGAGUAAAAAUACUUGAAAUAAAAAAUUAAAUAAGUUCAUUUGAUUAAGCCCCGCAGCAGAAUUCAUUCUUUGAGACGCUUUCUCCCUUUGAGACGCUUCCGGCAUAUGACCAAACAAAUUCAUCGCCAUUUUCGCUCUAUUACUUAGAGUUGUUUAUACGAAACCUUAGCCUUCGGUCGACGACGCCUCCGCCUCUGGCCAACGACGCCUCCGCCUCCGGUUGACGACGCCUCCGCCUCCGGUCUCCAGUCGACGAGACUGACGAAGUCUCCUACUCCGGCCUACAGCCACUUCUGCCUCCUUCUUUCACGUUGUUUACAGCUGUGAGAGCUGCAGUAUCAGCAUUUCGUAGGGAAGAAGAAUCACAAGUUCACCAUUCAUCUAAAAGAAGAAGAGAGAGAUCAGAUCAGGAUAGGGUUAAUUAUGGUGAUUCAAUGUUCAUGGAGACACCACGAGGCAAAGGUCUUCAAUUCCCAUUUUCUGUUGCUGAUCGUGUUAUUAUAAAGUCCAAUAUCGCUCAUUAGCUAAGGUUUCUGAUACUUCAUCAUCACAGCAAACUUCAAGUAAGAUAACACCCAAUUGGCUCUAAACCCAUGUGGCAUCUUUAAAUGUAUCAUGUUUCAAAUGUAUGUGUGUGUGUGUUCUAAAGAUAAUUGUGUAGCAAGUUUUGCAUAUGUGACUGAUUCAAUUUCACUUCAAGUGCCUUUAGCUGUGGGGUAUCGAUUAUUAUUUCAUCAUCUUCUCAUUAGUUAGAUUAAGUCAUAAUCUUUAACAUAUCUUUACCCUCAUUAUUUUCUAUGAUCAUUUUUAUGCUCAUUUUCUUAUCAACAGGUCUGAAGUUAUACAUUGGAAAUUUACCAUCACAUAUGGAUGAGGUACUAGUGCAAACAACCAAGAGCAGGAGGAUCCAUAUGGUAGAAAGAAAAACCAGAAAAAGAAGUGUUGAUAAACCCAAAACGAAACAUCUUGAAGCAAGAAAGAUAAAAGACCUCUCAUUGAACCAUUACCAAUGUCGACCCAAGUUGCUCCUAUUCUUCAUGACCAGGGAAAAGAGAAAGAAAACGUGAAUGUUGAAGAAGCUAAAGAGCAUAAGAAGAAAGCAAAGAAAAAGCAAGAGUAUGAGAAAAAUCUUCCUAGAAAGAAAAGAAGGAAAUUGGAAGCAUCUAAAGAGAUGAUGGGGGAUGAAGCAGAAAAUAGGGUACAAAAGGAAAAGUUAUACAAAACGAUGCAAGAACCCAUGAUGCCAAAUAAACUGUUUAAGAGCCACAACAUUCCGGAGUCGUUUCCUAUUGUGUCUGAACCCGGGAUCUUCAACGCUGCGAGUGUUGAAACCGUGAUUAGCUCAGUGGCCAUUAUGGAGAUGUUGAAAAAAGAACAACUUGAUAUUAGUUGUAUUCUCUGGUAUCAAAUAAUGCUACAUUCACUCAUGCUUGUAUCAAGAAUGGAUAACAAAUGUGGUUUUAUAAACCCACAAUGUAUCACAUUUACGAGAUGUGAAUACGAUGAUAGGGAUGAAAUAGAUUAUGUCAUCAAUGAUCUUGUUGAUGUGAUGAAUUUUCAUGAGGAAAAACAAUUUUUUCUUGCACCAUAUUGGGAAAGGAAACAUUGGAUGUUGAUAGUGAUUUGUCCUCAUCAAUAUAAAAGCUACAUUUUGGAUUCUGCCAGAGGGACAAAGACAUUGAAAGACUACACAAUAGUUGAAAAUGUGAAUAAGGCUGUUACAAGGUUUAAAAAAACAAAAACCAACAAAUCACGUUUGUGUCCAAUGACUUGGAUUAAUUAAUCUUAUUAACUAAUAUAUAUAUAUAUAUAUAUAUAUAUAUAUAUAUAUAUAUAUAUAUUCGAAAAGAAAACUCUCAUACAUAUAUAAUUGUUUUAGUGUAAUCAACAAUUGUCCGAUUGGGAGUGUGGUUACUACGUUAUGAACUGGAUGCAUGGGUUUGUAAUUUUUCGACAACAUGGAUUUCCGAAAAACAUUUUGAAGGACAAAAAACCAUUUUUUAGUGAGGAAUUGGAGGAACGUGUUAAAACAUGGAUGAGAACUUUUGGUGAUAAAGUGAAGCCUUUUUGUAAGGCAUACAAUGAAUCAACCACAUAGGGGAAAGAGAGGUUAGAGGUGACAAAGGGGAAAGAGAGGUUAGAGAUGUGACAUUAACAAAUUUUUUUCUGUUUAAUGAACUUAGUUCAUUGUAAUUUUUUUUUCUAUUUCUGAAAAUGAAAACAUGAUCAGUGAUGUCCCACUUCUUAUGGUUGGAAUGGAAUCAUAUAGUAGGUUUGUAUUUUGUAGAGAUUGAUCCAUGGUAAUCAUAUAGUAGCUUUGCAGAAAUUGAAAAGUUUGUUUCAGUUGGAA